UUUUGAUAUGGUUUGAGGGUGAUGAUGCUAUUACUUGUAAAUGUUUAGUGUGUUGUGUUCUCAAAUAUUGUGUGUGUGCAUUGUGUUGCUUGUGCCUCCCUUUUAAAACACUAGUACUUAUUUGACUUCAACCAUGCCAAGAAGCAACAUCCCCAACAAUGUUGUAUUACUUUUCAACAAAAAAAAAAUUAACUAUACAUCUUCUUCUUAUUUUUAAAAAUAAAAAAAAUAUCUUGUUCUAAAUAAAUUUCUCAAAUAAAAAAACCUGAAAGUUUGAGAACGAUAACUAAAAAACAAAAAAUAUAAAUAAAUAAAUAAAUAAACAAUACUUCGUGGUGAAAUAUAGUUAAAAAUAGAAAGUUUAUAAGUUUUUCUGUGUGCCAAAAAUAAAAACCAAUAAAUAAAAGUGAUUAAAAAGAACAUUGAAGUGCAAUUUAUUUAAUUUAAUUUCCGUUUUUUCGUGAAUUUUCUGUGCUACCCUUGGAAAAUUCUUCUCCAAAAAAAAAAAGGAAAAUUAAUUGAGGAAAGGAAAACCUACCUCAACUUGUGAUAUGGUGUCUCUGGGGAUUUUUUUGCCAAUUUCACCCCAAAUUCAAAGAAUUCAAACAAACUAAAUGGCUAUUGCAUCAACUGUUCAGAAUGCCACCCUCGAGCGCGUUCUCAAGGAACGUCAGAUGGAAAUGGAUGAAUCAUGGCAUAGACUUGAGGUGGUUGAUCGUGGUAUUGAUUUGGAAUUAAAUCUAACAACAUCUGGCUACCUCAAUGUGCCCCAAACACCAACAACUAAUUCAAAUGACGACUGCAUGGAUCACAUUGGUGCUACAAAUAAUUCAACCUGUGACACUAAAUCACCCCAACAACCACCCAAAGAUUCACAAACAGCCAACGGCGACGAAUCCAGUGGACAAGUUGAAACGACCAACGAAGAGACAAAGUUCUACCUGGACACAAGUCGAAGUGUGGACUCACGUGGAUCACCAGGUACAACAGUUCCCCCCGAAGACGAUGCCAUGCAACGGACAGAAGUGUCCAGAAAGUCUCCAAGGCCCCAUCCACAGCACAUUUUGCAGACGCGUCUGCAGCAGCAACAGCAACACUUUCAGAUGCAGCAACUACUUCAGCAGCACGUCUUCACGCCCACGCAACUCCAGCAGCUAAUGAAGCAUCAUACCUUCUAUAUGCAUCAACCACCGCGUCCACCUACACAAUUUGACGUUCAACGUAAACAACUGGAGGCCAAUAUGCAACAACUACAGGAGCAAUUGCAAAUGAAUCUUCUGCAGCAGACCCAUUUUAUGCAACAGGACAAAGUAUCACCCACGAGAAAGAGUAAAACAACUGGUAUCUAUACAACAUCAUCAUCAGAAACAUCAACAACAACCACAACAACAACAAUUCAGCAACAACUUGUACUACAACAACAAGAACUUAUACAACAAUUGCAGAUAAUACAGAGGCAAUAUUUGGUACAUCAGGGUAUGAGUUUGCAGCCAUUUUUGAUGCCACAGCAAGGUCUGAUAAACAAUCGUGACAGUGGAAGUCCGUGGAAAGUGGAAAGUCAGGAAAAUCGUCCGAUUGGUGGUCUCUAUGCCAAGAUGUUCAAUGGGACAGAUGAUGGUGAGGCACCAACUGACACACAAUCAAUUGUGCCUGAAAAUCCAGAUGAACAGACGACAGGCCAGGAAGCUGGUGAUAAAUUUGCCACAUUGCUCAAUUCAAUCUACAUCAAUCGACGUGAUGAACUGGCAAAUGCCCUAAUGGGAUCAAAUUUAUCAUCUGGCAAUAUCCUAACUGAAGAUCGAACAUCCAGGGACCUGGCAUCAGAUGAAAAAAAUUCAGGACAUCCCCUAUAUGGGCAUGGGAUGUGCAAAUGGCCAGGAUGUGAAGUGAUCUUUGAUGAUUUACCAACAUUUACCAAGCACCUGAACUCGGAACAUUGCCUCGAUGAUCGAUCGACGGCACAGGUUCGGGUCCAGAUGCAGGUGGUAUCUCAACUUGAGAUACAUUUGCAGAAGGAGAGGGACAGACUGCAGGCCAUGAUGCAUCAUUUGCACAUAUCCAAACAACUUGGUACCAUUGCAGAAGCACCCAAAUUUACCCAUUGCUCACCUACAAUCCCAAAUGCCAUCUCAUCAAUGCCAAUUAGGUCUCCUACCACCCAUUCAGCCCCAAAUGCCAUUGGACCCAUUCGUAGGCGUAUCACGGACAAAUCAACCCUAUCACUGGCUGGAGGACUGCCCUAUAUGCUGGAAAGGGCCGGACUAGAUGUUCAACAAGAAAUACAACGAAAUCGCGAAUUCUAUAAGAAUGCCGACGUGAGACCACCAUUUACCUAUGCAUCUCUAAUUCGUCAGUCAAUAAUUGAAUCACCGGACAAACAAUUGACACUCAAUGAGAUCUACAAUUGGUUCCAAAACACCUUCUGCUACUUCCGCCGAAAUGCAGCUACGUGGAAGAAUGCUGUGCGUCAUAACUUGUCGCUGCACAAGUGUUUUAUGCGGGUUGAAAAUGUUAAGGGAGCGGUUUGGACCGUGGAUGAGGUUGAAUUUUACAAGAGACGCCCACAGAGGUGCUCAACGGCUGUCACAUCAAUUGCUGCCGCUGGUGGCGCCAUGUCACCUACGCCAACGCCACCAACAUCAAACGCCAACCAUCAAUCUUGUGCAGCACCCACCAUUGGCACUCUUCAGUCAUCUGCAACCAUUCACAGUCCAUCUCUCUAUUCAACUGACUCGUUAGGCACAAAUUUGCAGAACUUAUGGACAUGUGCACCUGGCUUCCUGGAUGAUGCAUCGAGUUCGAGUUUUCUGGCUAAGCAACAAUCCAGAUGUCAAUCAGUAAGUCCACCAAGUAGUCAGUCAGCCACCCACCUACACAGUCUCUCUCUCCUUUUCCCCACUCUACCAUCACUCGUGACAUCAUCCAGUAGCGCCCAUGUUCACUACACCGCCCUAAAGCGUCCACCAAUUGCAAAUGGUGCCAAGGAUACCAUCCCCUUUGAUGAUCCCGAUGAUGCUGAUGAUGAUGAUGGCACCACCAUCGCUACAGCAACCGACGAUAACCGAAAUAUGGCCGAAGAUCUCAGCCGAACAGCCGAUCACAUCGACAAUCCCGAUAUUCACUGAAGUAAUUGCAAAAAUUAACACAUAUCUCCCUCUCCCACCACCCUCCCCACCCUCCUCCAUCAACUACCCCAUUAAUCCCUAUUUUUCCCCUAAUCCCUCCCCUGAAAAACCCCCCUACUCCAACCCCGCCAUCAAAGGUAAAAGAAAACAUGUAUCUAAAUGUGAUAUUUUCAUUUAUAUCCUCUCACUCUCUCUCUCUCUUUCUUAUUUUCUCUUUCUCAUUUACACUCUCUCUCUCUGUCUCUCUUAUGACUGGAAUAUCGCAGCUGUGAAAAAUAUCCAUUGAAAAUCCUCUGUUUAGUGGCUUUCUUUCUCAAUAGUUUUGGUCAAAUUUGGACUCAUUGGAAAGGUCUUGGUGUUCCCCAUGCAACUGUAUCGAUAUCAAUCGGAUCACAAGUAGAACAGAUAGUACAGAGAUAGUUGCAGCACAGUUUGUACAAAUGAAAAAACUAUGUCAUUUGGAAAAAAUUCAGUUGGUUCAAUUUUGAUUCAACUCCAACGAUUUGGCUAAAACUUCCCAAGAAGGGAGUAUGGAAUUCCGUUGGAUUUCGUAGGAUAUCCAAGAAGUUUUCUAUAGACUUCCUAUAAAAUUCCGUAGAAUUUCCAAGAAGAUUCUGACACGUAAUUCCGUAAGAUUUCCAAGAAGAUUUCUAUAGACUUCCAUAGGAUUUCCAAAAUGAUUCCUAUAUACUUUCUUUGGAACUCCGUAGGAUUUCCAAGAAGAUUUCUAUAGACUUCGAUAUGGAAUUCUGUAGGAUUUCCACGAAGAUUCCCUUAGACUUUCUAUGGAAUUCCGUAGGAUUUCCGAGAAGAUUUCUAUAGACUUACUAUUGAAUUCCGUAGGAUUUCCAAGAAGAUUCCCACAUGGAAUUCCGUAGUAUUUACAAGAAGAUUCCCUUACACUUUCUCUGGAAUUCUGUAGGAUUUACAAGAAGAUUUCUAUAGACUUCCGUAGGAUUUCCAAGAUUACUAAAGACUUCCUUUGGAAUUCUGUAGGAUUUCCCAGAACAUUUAUAUAGACUUCCUAUGGAAUUCCGUAGAACUUCCAAGAAGAUUCUGAUAGACGUUAUACAGAAUUCUGUACGAUUUCCAAGAAUAAUUCUAAAGACUUCUGUAGGCUUUCCAAGAAGAUUCCUACAGACUUCCUUUGGAAUACCGUAGUAUUUAUAAGAAGAUUCCCUUACAGUUUCUCUGAAAUUCCGUAGGAUUUCCACGAAGAUUCCGAUAUGGCAUUGCGUAGGGUUUUCAAGAAGAUUCCGAUAUAGAAUUCCAUAGGAUUUCCAAUAAGAUUCCCUUAGACUUUCUAUGGAAUUCCGUAGGAUUUCCGAGAAGAUUUCUAUAGACUUCCUAUGGAAUUCUGUAGGAUAUUCAAGAAGAUUCCGAUAUAGAAUUCUGUAGGAUUUCCAAGAAGAUUCUGGUAUGGAAUUCCGUAGGAUUUAUAAGAAGAUUCCUACAAACUUCCUAUGCUAUAACUGAAAGUUUUCUUUUGGGUCUUUUUAUGGCGGUCUCGUUAGCAUAUCUAAAAUUAGAAUCGUGCCGUAACGUGCUACUUGUGAUCCGAUGCUUUUCCCUUUAGAGACCAACCAGUUAGAGAUAUCGACUUAUGUUCUUCGAUGACCCCCCCAUCUAACAAAAAAUAAACAACUUUUGACAAAAAAUUGAACAACAAUGGAUUUUCUUUCAUUUCAAGCUGUGAUAAUCCAAUCAAAGAACAACACAAAAUAAAAUUCGCAUUUAGUAUUUAUAGCAGAAUCAAGGAAAAAAAUUAAAAACAAGACAAAAACAAGAUAAAAUUGUUCAGUUUCAAUAGGCAAUCCAGCUAAAAACAAAACAAGAAAAAAAUAAGGAGGAAUAGAGGUAAUCAUAUUAGUAAAUAAAUUUAAGGAAUAAAGAAAAAUAAAUAAAAGAAUGAUCUGUAAUGAAGGAAAUUUCAUAUCAAGUAAAAAAAAAUCUAUAUAUUUAUAAGUGUAUAUUAAGUUUAUUGCAAAAAGAGAAGAAAAAAAAGAACGAAAAUUAGAGAAUCCUCCUCCUCUUUAAAUCCUCUUAACCACAUGUAUUACCAUCAAUAGUAAAAUCCUCAAAAAAAAAAAAACAAAAACAAAAAAUAAAAGAAACAACCCAAAGAGAUUCGAGAGAGUUCUUGUAAAUAUCAGAAGAUUUUAAGUAAAAGAAUGAAGAAGAAAAUAAUAAAAAAAAAAUAGUAAAAGAAAUAUCUUUAGGAAUUAUCACUAUAAACCAAGCAUUAUAGUUAAAAAAAAAAAUGAGAAAAAAAUGCAGUCAAUGUUCUAUCCUUCAGACAAAAGCAAAGAUGCAUUUUGAAAAUAAAAAAAAAUUAACAAAAAAAAAUAUAUAUAAAAAAAAAUAAAAUAAAAAUAAUUGACACAUCAUGGCGCUUGCACAGACAAAUAUUCUACAGAUCCUCCAAAAAAAACACACACACAAUUUCAUCUCAGUCUUAGCUCAAAUCUCAAAGAUUUAAAAAAAAAACAAUGAGCAUUUUAAGACAAUUUAGGGUGUAAGAGUUAAGCGUAAACAAGUGGCAUUUGUAAUGAAAAAAAAAAACAGAGAGGUAUUAUUAAAUUUAAAGAAAAAAAAUGAGAUAAACAAAGAAAAAAAAACCGAAAAUAAAUCAAAUCAUUGACGAAAUUUGUUGUUUUAUUUUUGAAAGGAAUUUUCAUAAAA